GGCUUCCCGUUAUUAAAAAAUUUAAACUGACAACUCAUAGGGUCACAGCCUCACUACUACUCAUCUUCCCUUACAAAACCCCGUUCCUCUCCAUCACCGACUUAGAUCACGUUCAAGCUUUUACUGACAUAAAGAGAGUUAGAUAAAAGAAAAGAAAGAAACAAAGAAAGAAACAAAACGAGGGAACCAGUCUAUCUCUGCAACUCCUGCAAUGGCCCCGUAGAGAAGACCAUUCCAGUAGAUCCAUUCCUCUAUUUCAGUCUCUUGCAUUCAUUCUAUAAGGAGUUCUUUUGAAGAGAAUAUAAUGGGAGAUAACAGGCUUUCCUGUUCUCUCUUCUUCUUCUUCCUCUUUGUUUCUUCUUUUGUUAAUGGCGAAGACCCCUACAGAUUUUUCACAUGGAAUGUGACUUACGGCGACAUUUAUCCUCUCGGAAUAAAACAACAGGGGAUCUUGAUAAACGGCCAGUUCCCAGGUCCUCAGAUCGAGUGCGUUACGAACGAUAACUUGAUUAUCAGUGUCUUCAACAGCUUGGAUGAACCGUUCCUCAUUUCUUGGAACGGUUUGCAGCAUAGGAGGAACUCAUGGCAGGAUGGAGUCUAUGGCACCAACUGUCCUAUUCCCCCAGGGAAAAACUUCACUUAUAUUCUCCAGGCUAAGGAUCAGAUAGGCAGCUUCUUCUACUUCCCAUCACUUGCAUUCCACAAGGCUGCAGGAGGGUUUGGUGGCAUCAAGAUCUAUAGCCGCCCAAGAAUUCCUGUUCCUUUUCCUAACCCAGCUGGAGAUUACACAAUUCUAGCUGGUGACUGGUUCAAGAAAAACCAUACAGAUUUGAAAGCAAUCUUAGAUGGUGUACUAAGCACCGGAAUUGGUAUGCCCUUUGCUGAUGGGCUUCUUAUCAAUGGCCGUGGUUGGAAUGGAUACACAUUCAAUGUUGAUCAAGGUAAGACAUACAGGUUCAGAAUUUCAAAUGUGGGUCUUACCACAUCCAUCAACUUUAGAAUUCAGGGACACAAGUUGAAGCUGAUAGAGGUAGAAGGGUCUCACACACUUCAGAACACCUACUCUUCACUUGAUAUCCAUCUGGGCCAGUCCUACUCUGUCUUGGUUACUGCCGAUCAGCCUGCACAGGAUUACUACAUCGCAGUUUCAACACGUUUCACCAGCCCAGUUCUCACUACAACAAGCAUCCUUCACUACAGCAACUCAGCUAAAAAGGUUUCUGGUCCUCCCCCUGGUGGCCCAACAACUCAGGUCGAUUGGUCUCUCAACCAGGCCAGAUCAAUCCGAUGGAAUCUGACAGCAAGUGGUCCAAGACCCAAUCCUCAAGGCUCUUACCACUAUGGAUUGGUGAACACCACCCGAACAAUCAAGCUUUCCAAUAAUGCCAACGUUGUCAAUGGCAAGCAAAGAUAUGCUGUCAAUGGUGUCUCCUUCGUUCCUGCAGACACACCAUUGAAACUAGCAGAUUACUACAAUAUCCCUGGCGUCUUCAAUCUUGGAAGCAUUCCUGACAAACAUCCAGGUGAUGGGAGAUGCGACCUUAAGACCUCUGUCAUGGCUGCAGAUUUCAGGGCUUAUGUUGAAAUUGUGUUUGAGGAUUGGGCAGACACUGUACAGUCAUGGCACAUUGAUGGUUAUUCCUUCUUUGUUGUCGGGAUGGGUCAAGGCCAAUGGUCUCCUGCGAGCAGGCAAAGUUACAAUUUGAGAGACACAGUUGCUCGUUGCACUGUUCAGGUGUACCCGAAUUCAUGGACUGCAAUAUACAUGGCAUUGGACAAUGUGGGAAUGUGGAAUAUAAGAUCAGAGAAUUGGGAUCGACAAUACCUGGGUCAGCAGUUUUACCUUCGAGUCUACUCACCUGCAAAAUCAUGGAGAGAUGAAUAUCCAAUCCCGAAGAACGCUCUCCUCUGUGGUCGGGCAGCUGGUCGUCGAACUCGUCCCCUCUGAUCCAGCAGCAGCACCUGAGUUCCGUCACGAAGGGGUGACGAAUUAUUCAACAUUGGGUUAUUAGUUGCAGAAGAUAUGACUCUGUAGGAAGGUGUUCCCGAAGGCCUCAGCUUAGAGCAGUGUGUGAAGAUUUUCCAAUUUUUUUUUUCUCAAUUAAGUAAACAAUUUAUUCUCCGCUGAUCUUCUUACCAUUGGGCAUCUUUCCUUGGUUAUGUCUUGUUUCAUCUUGAGACACGAUAAACCCUUGGAGGAGAGAACUUACUAGUUCUUGCUGUAUGAAACAUCUUUUAUACUGAAAUACGGUUAAAACCUUUAGAAGA